AUGAAUCACCAGAAGCAUAACUUGAAGUUCGAGGCGAGGAGGCGCAAGAAGGCGAAGCUCGAUAAGAAUAAGAGCAGCGGCCACGAUGAAGUCCUGCAGGCCGACGUCGACAAGCUGAUCCAGCCCAAGUCCGAGGAACAGCAGCCCAAUGGCGACAAGCCCCCACUGCCUGAGAAAUUCACCGAAAUCGACGUGACGAUAGCUAUGCUCUCUUCGACUGGCGAUGGUCUUGCGUAUGAUGAACACCUGAACCAUGUCUUCGUGGUGCCGUUCACAGUCCCCGGCGACAAAGCGCGGGUAAAAGUGGUGCGCCAUGAGUGGGACCUCCACUACAGUAUGACCGACUUUAUAAGCGUGAUCGAGCCCGGCCCGACCAGAGAUGACUCCCUCAUUAAGUGCGGUUACUUCGGCAAGUGCUCCGGCUGCCAAUUGCAGAUGAUGUCUUACGAGGAUCAACUUGCGCAUAAGCGCCGCAUUGUGGAGAAAGCCUACGCCAACUUCUCUGGCCUCGUUCCUCAUCUGGUACCAGCCAUUGAACCGACCUUCCCAUCGCCUCUGCAAUUUGGAUAUCGAACUAAACUCACCCCUCACUUUGCGCAAGCCGGUCACCCCAAGAAAGACGAACAUGGAAACCCGCUUCCGAGAGAGGUUCCUCCCAUUGGAUUCACCUACAAGAAUCGAAAAUUGGAUAUGGAUAUCGAAGAUUGCCCUCUGGGAACAGAUAUUGUACGCCGCGGUUUGAAGAGCGAGAGGAAACGCGUGGCUCAAAAUAUCGCUUCCUACAAGAAGGGUGCCACUCUACUGAUGCGCGAGUCGACCACUCGCAUCGCCAAGGAUACGCCGGGUGCUAAGACCAAAGUAAAGUACAUUCCUGGACUUGAACCAACCAAGGGCACCGACAGCGGUGACCUGAUCACAAUUGAGGAAGAAGACUAUACUGUGGAAAAGCGCUGCGUCACCGACAACAAUGCAGUGUCGGUCGAAUACAUUGACGACUAUAUAUUCAGCAACAAAGCUGGCGGGUUCUUCCAGAACAACAACUCUAUUCUGUCAGGAUUUACCGAGUAUAUCCGCUCCAAGGUCUUCCCUCCUGGCAACGAAAAUGAUUCCAAGCCCAUCAAAUACCUUCUCGACGCCUACUCGGGCUCCGGUCUCUUCACUAUCACACUCUCUCCUCUCUUCAAGUCAAGUCUUGGUGUUGAUGUUGCUGGUGACUCUAUUGUCUGUGCUCGUGACAACGCUCGCGCCAAUGCUCUGCCUAGUACUGGUUUUGCCGCUGCGGACGCUGCCGUCUUAUUCAAGGACGUCCCGUACCCGCCUGACCAGACUUUGCUGGUCAUUGACCCGCCUCGCAAGGGUUGCUCCGAGGACUUCCUCCAGCAACUUCUCGACUUCGGUCCUCGUCGCGUUGUCUACGUGAGUUGCAACGUUCACACUCAAGCUCGCGAUGUCGCGGUUAUGGUACAGGGUGAUGAGAAGCGGAACAUUCGUUAUGAGAUCGAAAGUAUCCGUGGCUUUGAUUUCUUCCCCCAGACCGGACAUGUCGAAGGUGUUGCAAUUCUGAACCGGGCUACAUUCCCUCAAAAGUCUGAAUAA